AUGCUAAGCGCAGACUCCUCCCUUGAAAUCAUUGAAACAAGAUCCCGGAAGGGCAACGAAAACAGGAAGCCUAUUAUCGAUGUAAUCGAGCUCACUUCGGGCAUUGACGAGACAUCUGCCGUGGAAGGACCUGCCAACACAAAAGAGUAUCCUUCGUCCCCCAAAAUACAGAGGUCAAGCCCUGUCAAAGUAGGCUUGAGACGCGAGAGUCUCUUAGACGAUUCGGCUGAGCUGUCAUACGCGUUUCUUAAUGACACGAUGCUUCAAUCGGAUUCGAUUAGAGGCGACGAAAAGUCUAAUGCAGAGGAGGUAGUUCCCCUUCCAAAUUCUUCCGUUAAUCUAUCGCGAACUUCGAGCCCUAUACGGCCGCAAAGACGUGGCAAGUCCAAAAACGCGCUGGAGCAAAUUGUGAGUGACGAUGCAUUUUCAUUCUCUGACAUCACAGAUGGCCACAUCAGCUCGCCGCAGUUCAAUCGGACCGGAAUGACUGUCGGUGCUCUAGGCGCCAAAUGGUCUCAAUUGGAGCCAACCAAUACCAAGCAGUACACUACCAAGGAUGACACUCAACAGACUGUUACUGAGUCAAAACAGGGCGAGAAAAUCACACCACAACAAAAAUUGCUCUUUGUGCAGUCAUCCCCGAGACCUUUUGAUGACUCUUGUGGGUUAAUGGCAAAGUUCGACGAGAAUUUUAGCCAGAUUCCAAAAACAGGUUUGGAGGACGACGAAGUCAUAGAAGAAUCGUCAAUUGUAUCAACGCAAAAAAGUCCAAUAGGCUCACCAAGGAAGUCUGGGUUGUUCAUCUCAAAGAAAAGACGCCCAAUUUCCUCCCAUGAAAAGUUGCUCGGUAAAACUGUUCUUGGAGACAAAGACGCUUUGCAAAAAAAUUAUGGCAAUUUCAUUGUUCACAGCAGACACUUCACGGAUAAGGAGUCGCAGCAUGAGGUUUCGAAAGCGGUGGCUACUGCUGCUGGCAAGAAGGGCUUCAACGCAGUCAACAAGCUUUUUAAAGACGCUGCUAUAUUGAAAUCUGAGAUGAUUCUGGACAUGGAUGAGUCUCUCUGUCAAGAUUUCACUGAAGAGGGUAUCGAUUUUAAGAAAGAGCUACAGCCGGCACAAGUUAUACAUUUGCAUGAAACAAAACCACUCAUCAAGCUGCGAAGACGAUGUAAGUCAAUAUACGAUCUGAAUCGUGGAUUAUUUUAUCCAAGCGCGGAGAAAAUGGUUAAGGAAAAUGUUGCGGUGCUGUUCUAUGAUGCGCUAGAAUUUUUCCAUCAGUUUGGCAUUCAACAGGCCCGCCUACUGGAGUUUAUCCAAGAUAUCAAAACGACCAAUCAAGCCGUAAUCAUUACUCUCAGUGGUAAAGAUGAGCUCAUUAAGGGAAUCCAGAGUUUGGAAAACAGGCGUUUUAGAAAACAGGUGGAGGAGGAACUUCAUGGCCCGAAAAAAAAUAGAUCCCGUAGCAGAUCGAAAAAGUUACAGAUGUUGGAAGAGAUGGAGCUAUCGAUAGAACAAAUUGACCAGCAGAUUGACGAUAUUGCAGUGAAUUUUGGUGUUCACUUCUUCACCGUGGAAUCUCAGCGGGACUUUGUCACUUGGUUGAAUAGCCUUAUUGUUGUUGUGGGCAAAAAGCGCUACGAUCCAGCAGUAAGACACCAGGAGUGGUCACAUAUAACUAUGAGGUCUGCUCAAGACCCACAGGAUUCGCUUGGGAAAACACUGGAACAGUUGGACCAGAUGACAAGUUUGAAGGUCCAGCGGGUGAUAUCAGUCUACAAAAACUUCCAGCACUUGUACGAAGAUAUCGAAAAGGGUUUUUUAACUAGUGGAGAUGACGGAAACCCACUAAUGGCAAGCGCAGCAGAGAAAGCUAUGGUAACAUUACUGACUUCCGAGAAUCCUGAAGAUUUACUGUAUAUGCCUUGA